AUGAGUUUUACUAACCCCUCGAAAGUAGUUCCAGAAGCCGAUUCCCGGCUGGAGGAGGAGCAAAGGUCACAGUUGGGGAAGUCCGGGCAGGAGGGGCGGAAGUCAAAGCAACGCCAUUUCUGGCAGAAGCACCCGAAGUCCCAAGAAUCGCUGCCGCACCUGCUCGCUGAGGGGCAGGCCACAUCUUCACCCUCGCUAACAUCUGCUUCUGAGACCAAGAACGACCGCUGCCACACGGACUGCCUGGAGACACCACUCAACCAUGUCUUCCAACGGCUGGGCUGGGCGGUGGGCUCGUACCCCUGGUUCUUCCUCCUGGGACCCAUGCUCUUGACGGCCUUUCUCAGCACUGGCUUUGUCCAUCUGCUCAAGGACAAACAAGAAAAUCUAGAGGAGCAGUACUCCCCAAUGGGGAGCCCCGCCAAGAAAGAGCGCUUCUUCGUGCAGAGACAUUUCUCCACCAACGACUCCCUUAGCUUUUCCGCCACCAGGAAGAGCACGGAAUUCAAUUUCGCUACCAUUUUGGUGCUCUCCCACACCUCCUCGCUGCUGAAACCAGAAAGUUUUCAUGAAAUUAGUAAACUGGACCACGCGGUGCAGGAUCUAUCUCUGGUCAAGGAAAACGGAACCCGCAUCCACUACACGCAAGUGUGCGCCAAGUUCGGAGACAGCUGCGUGCCUUCCAACCCGCUCCUGGUGGCUUGGAGAGAGCAGAAAGACUUCGACCUGAAAAAUAUCACCUUUCCCAUCUUCAAUUUCAGCCAUCAGACCAUCUACUUGAACAGCCUUCUUGGAGGAGUCGUUUUAGGCCAGAGGGGAAAGACCCAGAUACUUCUGGAGGUCAAAGCCAUGCGGCUGCAGUACUACCUGCAGACUGAGCGAGCUGAGGACAACAACGAGCAGAGCAGGAAGUGGCUGGUGCAUUUCCUGAAAGUCUUCGGCGACUUGAAGGAGGGACUGAACUUGAAGAAGAUCCAGGCGGUCUACUUUUCAUCACUUUCCAGACAAUUGGAAUUUGAGGCAACUUCUAAAACAGUGGUCCCUUUGUUUCACUUGGCAUACCUUCUAAUCAUAUCAUUUGCAAUCAUAUCAUGCUACAGGUGUGACUGUGUACGAAACAAAAUGUGCGUUGCAACCUUUGGAGUGAUUUCUGCUGCCUUGGCAGUAGUAAGUGGCUUUGGCCUGAUGUUGUACAUUGGAGUUCCAUUUGUGAUCAUAGUUGCAAAUUCACCAUUUCUUAUUCUAGGCGUUGGGGUCGAUGACAUGUUUAUCAUGAUUUCUGCCUGGCAGAAGACCAACCUCAUGGAUAGCAUAAGACAUCGGAUGUCCAGUGUCUAUUCAAAGGUGGCAGUGUCCAUUACAGUCACCACCAUCACCAAUGUCCUGGCCUUCUAUACAGGGGUUAUGACCUCUUUCAGAUCUGUACAGUACUUUUGCAUCUACACAGGAACAACUCUGCUCUUUUGUUAUUUUUAUAACAUCACCUGUUUUGGAGCAUUUUUGGCCCUGGAUGGUAAGAGAGAAGUAGUCUGUCUGCGCUGGUUGGAAAAAUCAGAUAGUCCUGACCAAAAAUGUGCCUCUUUAAAAAGGUCCUGCUGUGCCCCAUUUGGUUCUCUCCCAGAUGAGCAUGGAACUGGUAUCCAUCCAAUGAAUUUGUUCUUUAGAGACUAUUUUGGCCCUUUUCUCACAAGCAUGGAGUCCAAGUGUUUCGUAGUGUUGCUAUACCUUAUGUAUAUCAUAAGCAGUAUAUAUGGGUGUUUCCACGUGCAAGAAGGUUUAGAUGUUCGAAAUCUAGCGAGCGAUGAUUCCUACGUCACACCGUAUUUUGAUGUAGAUGAAGCGUAUUUUUCAGAGUAUGGCCCCAUGGUUAUGGUGGUCGUUACUGAAAAUGUUGACUACUGGAAUAAAGAUGUGAGGCAAAAAUUGGAACAAUGCAUGAGACAGUUUGAAGAGAAUGAGUAUAUAGAUAGUAGUCUCACAGAAUUUUGGUUAAGAUCAUAUGUGCAGUAUUUGGGAGAAGCAAAACAAGAUGUCAAUGAUAAGGAUACUUUUAUAAACAAUAUUCCCAUAUUUUUAAAGAAUUUUUCAAAUUUCAUAUAUGAUAUUAAUAUUUCAUCAUCAAAUGAAAUCGUUUCUUCCCGGGCUUUUAUUCAGACCAAGAAUAUUUCUACUCCAGCCAGUAAGAAGAAGAUGUUGCAACAGUUUCGAGGCAUUGCUGCAAAGUGUAAAAUUCCCCUGUUGGUGUAUAACCAGGCCUUCAUAUAUUAUGAUCAGUAUACUGUAAUAGUGGAAAAUACCAUUCGAAGUGUCAUUAUUGCAUCAUUAGCUAUGUUUGUUGUUUCUUUACUGUUAAUUCCUCAUCCAUUGUGUUCCUUGUGGGUAACUUUCGCUAUUGCAUCUGUGGUAGUCGGAGUCACAGGUUUCAUGGCUUACUGGAAUGUCAAUCUUGAUUCCAUAUCCAUGAUGAACCUUGUCAUUUGUAUAGGGUUUUCUUUCGACUUUUCUGCGCACAUAUGCUAUGCGUUUGUGUCUAGUUCUGAGCCCUCAGUAAACCAAAAGGCAAUUGAGGCAUUGUAUCUGCUAGGCUAUCCCUUGUUACAAAGUGCACUUUCAACAGUAGUAGGGGUAUGUGUUUUAUAUACAUCGAGCGCAUACAUUUUCAGAACAUUUUUUAAGAUUAUAUUUCUUGUUAUGGUGUUUGGGGCUGCUCAUGGCCUAAUUUUUAUUCCAGUAUUCUUAACCAUUUUUGGAAGCUUUGGUUAA